UUGCUAGCUUUAAAAUUAGUUGGCGACACGCAAUGGCCACACCAAAACCUCCUGAGAACCACUAUAAAACACGCCAAGAAGCGUGCUCGCCACACUGCCCCCAUCACUCACUCCAUCGAGCGAGCUAACAGCACUGCACCUACGUACGGCAACCUAGCUAUACUAGCUGAUCGACUUGUUGAACCUGCAGUGUAGUAGCUCGAUCUAGCUAGCUAGGCCAUGGCCAUGGCGAUGAACGACACCAACAACAAGCUGCAGGUCGACGCGGAGAACCCGGCGGUGGUGCCGGACGACGACGACCUGGCGCAGCGCGCCAACUGGCUGCGGGCGGCGGUGCUGGGCGCGAACGACGGGCUGGUGUCGACGGCGUCGCUGAUGCUGGGCGUGGGCGCCGUGAAGGCGGAGGCGCGCGCCAUGGUGAUCUCCGGGUUCGCGGGCCUGCUGGCGGGGGCGUGCAGCAUGGCCAUCGGCGAGUUCGUGUCGGUGUGCUCGCAGCGCGACGUGGAGCUGGCGCAGCUGGAGCGCGACGGGAAGCGCGGCGGGGAGGAGGAGAAGGGCCUGCCGAGCCCCGUGCAGGCGGCGGCCGCGUCGGCGAUGGCGUUCUCCGUCGGCGCCAUCGUGCCGCUGCUGGCGGCCGGGUUCAUCGUCAACUACCGGCUGCGGAUCGCGGUGGUGGUGGCAGCGGCGAGCGCGGCGCUGGGCGCGUUCGGGCUGGUCGGCGCCGUGCUGGGCCGCGCGGCGGUGGUGCGGUCGAGCGCGCGGGUGGUGGUCGGAGGGUGGGCGGCCAUGGGCGUCACCUUCGGCCUCAUGAGGCUCUUCAAGGCCAGUGGCAUCUAAUCGAUUCAUCCAUCAGAAGCUCGCCUCUUCCAUCGCCGAUCUCUUUUAAUUACUGGACUACUUCUUUUUUGCUGCGUUGAUCUAUAUAUCUAUAUCUAUAUCUUGCGAUCGACCGUGCAUGCACGCACGACAUCUUCGUGUUCUUGCUCCUGGACCCUGGAGCUGAGCCUUGCCCUUGCUAACACACGCAAUUAACAAGAUUACUAUUGCGUGUCAGCUCUGGCCGCCUACAGCCCUACAUCGUACGUACUGCCUCCUGAUCCUGCAUGUAUUGCUAGCUCCAUAUGUAUGCAUGCAGCAUGCAUUCCCUAUAAUUAAUUAAUUGUCAUCACUUGUAUCCUCUAACUUAUUAUAAUUAA